AUGCAGGAGCUCCGAACAACACCUGCGAAGCUCGACUCCGCGCACGCGAGCCAACACCUCCAGUUCACCCCAUCAACACGCAUAAUGGUGCUGGAUAAUGCGCUGGCAGAAGAAGGGGUCUCACCCCAAGCAGGGGGCCCACUGCCAUCAUCACAAGGGGAAAAAGCCAACGCCGGAGGCUACACCAUGCCCGAUCUUUCCCACCUUGUUUUCCGACCGGAGUUUGCAGUGACCCGGAACAUAGUAUCACGAGGGCUGAAUCCCUUUUCGGGCAUUGUCUGGAAGCACGCCGUUGCAAGGCAAGUCCUUUCGCGUGCUGACGCCGUGUGGGCGAUCGAAGGGCGGCCAAUCACCCAAGACGAGUUCGACGCAUUCACCGCGGCCGACACGACCAAGCUCUAUUGGACCGACUUGGGAAAACCCGUGGGAUUCGGCGUCACAACUGCCUGGCUCUACUACCGACGACGGGCAAAGCUGCCGCCUGGCAUUACAAUGACCGACCAUUUCAGGGCUCUGUGGGGCCUCCCCCGGCCUGACUUGAUGCGGCAGCUGUUCACGACCGGCUUCAAGCUUUUCUUUGGAGUCACGGCUUCGACGAUCGGCUUUGGAAUGCUAGGGAGCUACUUCUUUUUGAACCACAUGCUUACGGACCCGCGGCUGAGGGACAUUGCAUAUCAAGAAACGGAUAAUCGCGCAGCGCGACAGGAGGGCAUUGAUACUCGGAAGAAGAUCUUGUCGGCCGCAGACCGCCGCUAUCCAUUUCGCCAUAACAAUCUCAGAGACCGCAUAAUAGAAUCUCUGAGCUCGGGGUCACCGGUUUCCCUCUCAAAGGACGACGGUGGUUCGACUGCGGGCGAGGUUGCUCCGCAGGGCUUCAACGAUUAUGCACAGUACCAAGACAUUUCUUACGGCUCGGAUUCUGAACAGCAGUCUUCCGACAAUGCCUGGCAACCCCCGGCCUACAACUCGACACCUCAGCAAGCGCCCCAGCAGAGCUCGGGAUCUGAUUUCUUUGGUGACGAUGAUGCUAGCCCUACGGCCAAGGAGUUCAGAGGUACAAGUAUCACCGACUCUGGCUCCUCGACUGGUAGUGCCUGGGCUCGCAUUCGUCAGCAAAACAAACCUCAGAGGUCUGCACCCCAGCCGGUAGAUUCUAGCGAUGCGCCUGCCAGCGCUCAGGAUCGGUAUGAGACCGAGAAGAACCGUGACAGGGAGCAGGCACAGGCGGAAUUUGAUCGUCUUCUCGACGCUGAGCGGAAUGCUUCGAAUGACGGGUCAUCGCAGAAAGGCUGGUGGUCAUAA